GAGUGCGCUCGGCCUUUUCCGUGGAUAUCCAGCCGGUGGUGUCACUCAACAACAGUGGAGACUUCAAAUCACUCCUACUAACCACACAUUUAUUUAUGGGGUAGGUUUAAUUGUUUGAUAUGCCAUUGAGUUCUCUGGUGGGGUAUUUCAUCAAAGAGGGUUAAUGGUAGAGUUUACGUCAAUUAAAAACACAUAUUUUAUGUUUGUAGCAGUGGAGAGCUUGUGGUCGGUUGCUAUAUGUUGCUAUUCUGGGGUUAGCUAACACGCUCAACGACAGCUAAUGUGACUAGCUAACGCCAUUUGUUGAGUAAGAACUGCUUGACCGGCGUAUCUUGGGCUCGUGUCAGUGCACAAUAACGUCUCGUGUUUGUUUGAAUUUACGCUACGCGCAUAUCAUGCAAGGCACGAGGAAAUCACUCGUUAUGAUAACAAGUUAUUCUUCUUUGUUUACAAAAGUAGCUUUAGCAUCGCCUGCAGGCAGCUGCUGGCUAGCUGCUCAGUGUUGACGCUAGUUUAUCGGUUUUUGUUUGUCAGACAAUGAUAAAAUUUGAGAUUAACAAUAAUAUUAUUCAGCCCUCUGUGUCGUAAAUCCAAGAUAGUUAUGAAAUGAUGCUUGACUUGAUAUAUCCGGUUAUUGUUGCUGAACCCUGCAGACCAAGAUCCCAUGCUGUCAGAUUACUGACCUGUCUUUCCAUAAAGUUGACUGGAAAUCAGUUUUUCACCGCUGUCUAUUAAACUGUGAGUAAUUUUGCUUCACUUUUGUGAAUGCACAUAAUUCAUGAUGAGAUUUUGUCACACUUAUACAUAGGCCUGGGCGAUUUGGCAAAAAAAAAAAUGAUCACGAUAUAUAUUUUGUCAUAUCGUCCGAUCUCGAUUAUUAUCACGUUUUUUAAACUGCCUGUUUUAAAGCAUCUGUACUAAAAACUAAAGAAACUAGGGAUUAGUUCAACAUUUUACAAACAUUGAAAGUAAAUAACAAAGCAAAUUGAAUAAGAUAAACUUAGAGCAAUAUAAAAAACAUUUUAACUCAACAGUACAACAAAUGUAGAUAAAUACUAGAUAAUACAGUGAAUUAGUUUACAGUCCUGAGUGUUUUUGCAGGUAUUCAAUACCCAAAAUAAACAAAUCGCCCCCUCAGAGAUAAUGAAGACGCCUUAAAAUGUAAACAUUAGAUGAUCUAAACAUAAAUGAUAUGAUUAAUCACUGCCUAGGUCUGGUGGCUGCACUGCUAGUUGUGGCUAAACUGCAAAUGCUACUCGUGCCGUUAGCAGUGACAGGCUGUGCAGACUCCGCUCAUAUUUUCACGCUUUCUGCAUAAUCAUUGGGGAAGUACCUCUUCAAAUGAUUAACCAGAUUUGUUGUAUAGCUGGUUUUUGAGGGCACCGAUCGCUGACAUACCUUGCUCAUCGGCUUAAUUACUCAACGUCACUUUGGAGAUACCAGAACCACCGCCACACAACCGGCCUUGAAUAACUUUUCAAAAAUAACAUCUUAGGAGAAUGACUCAAAGUCACGGCUGACAACUAUCUUGCUGCCCUCAGCUCCGCGUUUAGCUCCAUGUUUGGUCAUUCUGUUUACUUCUCCAGCAACUUACAGAAGCGAGCAGGAAAAGCUCGACUCUGAUUGGCUGUUGUGGCGCACAUUUCCUCUAUGUUUGAUCGAGUAAAUAUGCUCUCAGCUGAUCACUGUGAUGGAACUGAAAUUUAUCACAAUCAUUGAUCACGAUCAUAUAAUCGCCCAGUCCUACUUAUACAUGUCCUAAACUUCAAAUUGACUCUGAAAUGCAGAUACUUUGUUGUAUACCUAAGGCUCUCUGUUUUGUGGUCUAUCCUCUCAGGUUCAUUUGAGAAAAAAGCUGUCAGAGAAAUUGUCCUCCUGUUGGUCUAAUGGUCAGCCAUGGAUGAAGAUGACAGCCAAGAUGAGCUGAUCAAUCGCAGUACAUCACACAACAAAGGAAAAAGGGCUGCUUUGUGGGCCAUCUCAGGUAGCAUUCCUGUAAUAUGACUUCUUUUUGAGUUCAGUAUCAAACACAGUUGUAAGAUCACAACAUUUUGAGCACUUUGUGUGUAAUUUCAUAUCAAUUUCAUUCCCAGAUGACUCAGAUGACAAUGAAGCAGGGUCUGAUGAGGGGGAAUCUGAUAGUUGUGAUGGGGAAGAAGAGGGUCACCUAGAUGGAGAGGAUGAUGAGGAGGAUGACGAAGAAGAUGAAGAAGAGGAAGAAGAAGAAGAAGGAAAUGAAGAGGGGGAUGGUAGGAUGGCUAAAUAUACACAUUGUGAAUUUGUGCUUGUUUUAAUCAGAUUUUGCUUAUUUUAUGCCUUAGAUUUAUGGAUAUGCAUGAAAUGGUGGUCUCAAGUCGCUGCUUCUUAAAACUACAUGUAUUCAAACUUUUGCACUUAAGCAAAACCAAGGACCCACUCACACUAGGGCCCAAUCCCAAACCGACCCCUACACACUCCGCCUUCACUACCAAGUGUCACUCGUAAUGAAGUUACACUCGCAGCUGUGGAUUGCGCCUCAAUUGAAAUGGGAGGGUAUAAACAAGAUGGGCGGGUAUGGGAUGCCCUCCCUACUUCACUGGAAAACGGAAAGAUUCAUCGCCAUAGCAACAUAAAGACACGUCCUGUGCAAGGCAGCGUUUAUUAUUUUAGUAAACGGACAUCAUAUACAGUUCUGAGCCGCUCCGGCUGCCUUGUUUCUUCAUCGUCUCAGUAAAAUCAUAAAUCCAGUAACCAUUACAGUGACAGGAGCUAAAUUAACUUCUGAUUGUUAGUGAUUCCACACGUCUUUGAACCCCUUUACUAUUUGACAUGUGCAUGCACAAUCAAAACAAAUGUCAGCACAGAGUACGAUUUCGGAGUUUCAUUUGAUCUUUCCAAACCACGUCUUCUGUGAUUUUUUUUUUGUCAGUAAGACAAAGGUGGACACAUACGGAACUUAUAUUUGUAUGUUGUUUCCUCCUCCUCCUCCAUCUUUGCUGGCGCACUACCUGCAAAUCCUGCCAUGAAUGAGCACCGGUGCAAACUCGUUAUUUGAGGGCUGAACAGUCCACUCGCCCUCCUCACUCUGUGGUUUGAGACGGCCUUCAAUACGGCGGAGCCUCCGCGGAGACGCACAAACAGAGGGAGAGUGUAUAGGGCGAGUGUUUAGGGGGCGGUUUGGGAUUGGGCCUAGGUCUUAUUGCCCUGAAUGGUACUGAACUGAAGCAUGUUUUUCUCCCUUCCCACUCCUCAGCUGGCCUGCACGUACACUGCCUCAGGCUUAAACUGGCCUGACACAUUUAUUUCUUACACCUUGGUCAUAACACGACACAUGCUUGGCUCUCCAUCAUCAUGUGAUCUCCUUAAUUUACAAGAAAUGGCAUCUCAGAGUCAGCACAAUCAACAACAAUACAGAGGACAUCAGUGAAGUUUACUACAAAUUGUUUUCUGCAGACCACCUGGGAUAUUUCAGACUUUCAUCAAUAGAUAACCAUUACUAGACUCACACUUUCAAUGGCCAAAUAUGCCUGUUGUCUGACAUCUACAGACUAUGAAACGCAAGAAACGACAAAUGAAAAUUUGAAUGCUUUCAGUGAUUAAUUUAAUCAGUGAUUUGAUUAUGUACUGUGAGACAGCGCAUCCUGGUUCACUGAGAGGGAGAGAGAGAGAGAGAUCCCUCAUAAUUUACCAGUGUUGAGGGCUAUGGAUCUUUCUGAUAAUAUUACUGUGUGUUUUUAUUAAAUAUUUUAAUGCACGUGUCAUACCUUAAAACAUCCUGGGAGUGAUGGACAAGCUGUUUGUUUUCUAUGCUGUUUCAAUCUUCGUAUUCUUCUUUAUAGCCAGUGGAGUCAGUGUAGCCCUCUCCGUUCCCCCCAGUAAGUCAGUGUGAUAUAAAUUUCCUUAAACUUAAUGCUGAUCAGCUUGUGGGAGACUGUUGAGCUGAUUGAUGCCUCCCUCUUGCCCGGAUUCACUUUUGCAUGUUGUUCGUCCCAUUUUUACUGCCUUCCUGCUGGGGCUGGGUGAUAUGGCCUCAAAUCAAUAUCACAAUAUAUUGAUCACUUCACCUCAAAAACAAUAAAUGGAUGAUGAGUUGUCCACAAGCUGCUCAUCCCCUCCCACAUUAACUUCAUCUGCUUCAGAAUCAGCCACCACUCCAGCCGCUACAACUUUUGAACCGUCCUCCAUCUCCUCACCUGUCUUUCCCUGUGUUUUACGGACUGGGUGGGGUGGAGUCACGUCUCCGACAUAGGACAGCAUCUAAAAGGACAUGAGACCAUAGCCUACCUACAAACAUCCAAAACCAACAUUUAUUUAUUUAAUUCUUUGACACUGAAUAUAUUGACACAGGCAAAAUGACAUCGGUUAUUGUCGUAAAUUUCAGUAUCAGUAAAUUUUCAGUUUAUCGCCCAGACCUACUUCCCGCUCAUUUUUUAAAAAUCAACAGUGAAGUGUUUUUCUGCUGCUUUUGUUGAGCAAACAGACAGCCUGACAGCAUUAACGCCCUGUCUCUACACUCCAAUGUCAGCGUGGUAUGUGGCAUUUAGGUAAAAGUGAAAAAAAUAACAAACUGGACUUAAAAAGUGAAAUGCGCUUGGGUACAGUGCAGAUUGUCUAGUAUGAGUGUGCUUUAAGUAUCUCUGUAGUUGAACAAAACAGCUAAGUCUUAUUUUGUGACUCACGGUAUUUAGUAAUGUUAUUCUCUGUCUAACUGCAAUGUCCAGCAAGAUAAAAGACUAGAUCUCUACUUUUGUCAGAUGAUGAAGAGGAGGAUGGUGCCACGGUUGAGGGUGGAGCUUUUGGGGGAACCUCUACUAACCUUGCAGGGCAGAGUUCAGACGAGGACACGGACAAUUGCCCCAUCUGCCUUAACUCCUUCAGCAGCCAACCUGUUGCUACACCAGAGAACUGUGAACACUACUUCUGUCUUGACUGCAUCCUCGAAUGGGCCAAGGUAGGUGUGCCAUAAUGCCCAGAGAGCACUUUGUUAGCAAAAUACUUCAAGCGUCAGUGAAUUUUCUACACUGAUAAACCAUCUGUAUUUUGUAAAGAUGAAUAGCUCAAUUCCAGUGUUUGUUUUUUGACCUUUCAGAAUGCAAACUCAUGUCCCGUGGACCGGAUUGCUUUCAACAGCAUCUACCUAAGGAAAUGCUUUGGAGGCAAAGUGAAGAAAAUGGUAAGUGUCUUCUUCUUUUUAUUUAUUUUUUUCCAUCAUAGCUUCUGGCACACUGGAUUUUUUCAGUACACUCCAUGUACCUUAAUGUAAGGUGAUUUUAUAUCCCAUGUGUGAUUUUUGUGAUUUCAGAUCACUGUACAGAAGCCUGUGAAGGUAGGUCAAGAGGAAACAAUAAGUGUGGAUUUCGAGCAGACCAACUGUGAGGUGUGUGGUGGCAGUGACCGAGAGGACCGCCUCUUGCUUUGUGAUGGCUGUGAUGCUGGGUGAGACUGAUAUGUAUAAAAGAUACAUACUUCAACUAAAGCCUGCAUCAGAGCUAAAGUUAGUUCCCAACCUGUCACGUUAUAUAGAUUCAGGAAUAUUUAUGAGGCCUGGUUUUUCAAUAGGUAUCACAUGGAGUGUCUUACCCCCCCACUUGACUCAGUUCCCGUCGAAGAAUGGUUCUGCCCUGAAUGUGAAGCUCACAACCGUCACUCACGUAAACCUCAACAUUUUUUUUUGCUCUUCAUGCUGAUAAAAAAUUUAACACACUUAAAAGGAUUGAAAAAAUAUAUAUAUAUCUGUGCUGAAGCCAGUCUUCACUUCUCGGUUCAGGGGGUUCAGCUGAGGAACUCAGUGAUACAGAGAGUUUACCAUCUACUGCCGGUCCUACCACCAGCCACUCCCUGUCCCGCGCCGUGGGUCCCACCAGAGCCAUUGCUCGCACUCAGCAGAGUGAGAGGGUUCGAGCUAAUGUCAACCGACAUCGCAUCACACAGGCACGCUCAUCGCAGGUUUGGCAUGAGGCGUGAUGCUUCUGACUUGGCUUACUCUCUAACUCAUUUUAACAGCAUAUGUGCCACGCUGGAACUUCAAAAAAACGUCUCUGUGUUUCCCAUAGUUUGAAGGAGUUCAGAGGAAACAUUAGCUGAUGAUGUUUGUGGGUUUACCAGUUGUGUACUUGUAUAAGUUCCUGAGUGUGACUUACAGCACUGAUGAUGGCAUGUUUUGUCAUUUUCAUACUUUGCUUUCAAAUGCAUGUGAUUUACACUCGUGUUUCUAAAGAAAUGCUCAUUUUUUUACACCAGCUCGCCCCUACAUAUCUGAUACAGUCCACUUGGCUGGAUGAAACGAUUAAUGCUGUGGUGGCUGGGCUCAACACAUCCGUGUAUAUACGUAACCUCACUCCUCGCAUCCCAUCCAGCCGCAGACGCAAGACUGGUGAGUAAGAACUCGUGCAAUAAACAUACAAUUCAUACAUACUGAUGAUAAAAACUGAAUUUGAUUGUUUUCAAACAAUUGAAAGUAUAUGUAGCAAAAGAGAGCCACAAGCUAUACUGGUUUGUGUUUAUGAUUUGAGGUGACCAUUGUGAUUGAUUGCACAGGAAAGCGCAGAAAAGCCAAGAAGACAUCUGCUAAGAGUAGAAGCGGAAAAGCAGCAACUACAGGAGUCAAGAGGAGAAGACGGAGAACAAGGAAGGGUAGAGCCAGAAAAAAGCUGGUAAGUGUUAUAUCAGUUUCAUUCUCUAAACUUACAAGAUCUGGUUGUAUGGGUUUUAAAUACUUCAAUUGUUUUCCCUGAUAGGCUUUGAAAAAGUCAGCCACUACUCGAAGUCGCAUCGCUAAUAGUCUGGGAAUAGUAAAGGACAAGAAGAGCUCCUCACUGCCCACAGUGUACCGGCCAGCAGAGCACACGCUCAGUAACAUGCGUGCUGACAUAGGUGCUGCAUCCCUCUCUAUCUAUGGAGAUCCGUUUGACCUGGACCCAUUUGUGGAUCGGUGAGAAGACCAUUAUACUAACUGCAAAUGCUUAUGGAUGUUUUUAAAACGAUAUCUGUGAGAAUGAGUUACACAUGACCACAAAAAGGAUUUCGUCAAGGUACCAACUUAUAUGUUGUUUAAAUGCACUCAAAUUAUACAGAGUACAGUAUGAUAUUAUAUAUUGAUAUAUAAAAUAUUCUAAUGUGUGCCUAUACCGUGCUCGUUUGAACACAUUGUGACCUAUUUUAUUGAUUUUGACCAGUGAGGAGGUUGAUCAGCACGCCCACGUUACAUCGCUGCUGGAGGCCAAGAGAAGAGGGAUUUCUCGCUCUGCUCUUCGAUCUCACCAGCCAGUAGCUCGACCAGUCACAGGAAGCCUUUCCAGGUAAACAUCCCCCUUUCCUUAAUGUGUGCAAACAAUGGUCCUACUUAUGGGUACCUUAAAGGGAUAUUUCAACCUAAAUUUAACUUAUGGUCAAAAAAAACGUAACACUGACUUAGACCCCCCUUUCGAAAGAUGAAUGUUGCCGACUGCUUGCUUCUCUAGCUAUACCAACUUUAAUAACAACCGCAUGAGAGCAAUAUACAGUGGUCUAUGUCUCCACCUGCAAACCUCAACCAAAAAGUCACUCUAUAGCCACAAAUAAUGCUCAGAACAGCACCUAACUUCAUCAACAGUACAUAUAGGGUCCCAGCCAUAGUACUAGCCACCAAACAUCUUUUUAGCUUAGCCUGGUUUCUUUAGCAAAGAGACCAAACGCAACUCACCCACUCUCUUCCAGUAGCUGCUUGUUUGUGGGCCCUAACGAGUUGAUCACCGAGUGCAGCAGAGUUUCGCAGCUCAAGGAAGAACAUUUAUGUUUUUUACUUUCAUUGAAAUGCAAUCAGAGUUCUUGUGAAUGAUGUAUGUGCACUGCAGACGCAGUAGUUCCUUAGCGUCUCGGUGUAAUUGCAUGUGUGUUUGACCAUAACUUCAAUUUACGCCGGAAUAUCCCUUUAACAUAGCAGACAUUAACUGCCACGUGGUUAUGGAAAUCUGAGUGUGGUCUAGACCUGCUCUUUUUUAGAAGGCGUCUUGGGAUAAUGACUGUUGUGAUUUGGCGCUAUAUAAACAAAAUUUGAUUGAUUGAAUCUCGUAAACAAUGUGGUCAGCUCUGUCAGAUCUGAGUCUCUGCUGGUUUUGUGUCGAGGUGUAAACAAUUUUAAUUUUAAUCUGCUUGAGCAUGACAAAGAAAAUGACUCAGAGUACACUUUUUUUUUUUCUCUCUUUUGGUUCCAUUGCGAUAUCAGGCGGGCCGUGGGUGUCCCCCAGUCAGUUGGUGUUGCAGAGGCAGCUCCUGUCCCUGACCUGCUGGGUAGCAUCCUCACAGGACAGAGCAUGCUCCUGAUGGACAGCUCUGAUGUUGUUAUCAAUCGAGAUGGUUCACUUAAAGCUGCAAAACCAGGUAAGCCUUUGUUUUAUUUUAUACUGUAAGGUUUGAUCGAUCAUGAGACAGACUGUGGACCACACCUGAUCUCAUAUGUCAUAAAAUUAUUUGAUGCGACUGAAAUAAGGUUUUUGCAAGUCCUGAAUGUAAAAUAUCAAACAGCUUCAGCCUGACUGUCUUAGUGAAGCACUUUCAAUGGGUAAAUAUCUGAUUUCAAAAGAUCUACCAUCUGGCAACAGGAGAAGAGAACAGUCGUGUUAGUGUCCUCCCACAGGGACAGUUGGUUAUUCUUCAGUCAGUCUCAGCUGAUGGAGACUGAAGAAGUCUCUUUCACUGUUCCUGUGCUGUUUCCCCCCCCCAACACUGUCAAUAGCCACGUUUACAUGGGCAAAAUUUCUUGAUCUGAUAAGAAAUCUGAGGGAUCGGAUAAUCUGAAUCCACUGUUUAUGUGGGUGCAAAAUCAAAUAAUCUAAUCAUGACGUGUGUAUAAAAGCACCAAGCUUUAUUCAGUUUAGAAUCAUUUGGACAUGUGCAGAGUUGUCUGAUUUCUCUAAAACAACCGCAGAAGAAGAGUUGUAUUUACUCCUGUGCUGUCAACAAAUGCGGUAGUGGAUCACUCCAUCCAAUUCAGGAGUUUUCCCUCUGUUAACUGUUGUCACUGAAUGGCGCCCUUGCUCACUAAUUUUACUGUUUUGUCAGAGGUCGCACUGUGUGUGCAAAUUUGACAUCAUCACAAUGUAUGUACGCCUUGUUAUAUUAGCAGAGGAGCGGACACGUCACCUGCGGUUGUGUUUUAUGCCAGAGUUAAUGAAACCUCCUGUACUGACCUCAGUAAAUAAAGAGUGAGGGUAAGAGAGUCACGAUCAGAAGUGUUUUAUAUCGAAGCGUUUCGGAAUAACGAUUGGCAUAAACCACCCCCUUGAUCGUAAUACAAUUUAUUCCCGAUUGAGCUGAAUUGGAUCAGAUUGUUCCAAUCAACAUGUUCAUAUGAUGCAUUUUUAUUCAGAUCGGGCUUUUAUUCCGAUUAUUUGUGCCCAUGUAAACGCAGCUGUUGUUUCUCUGUAGAACUACUUUGAGCAGUGUACAACAAAAGUCCGAUAAUCUGUCAAACAAAGAACUUAAUUCCUACACUCUUGUAAUUUGUAUAUUUUGUGUUACAGCAAUGGCCUGUGUGUCAAAGCCAGGUUGCAGCAAAAGCAGCAUCUCAGGAGAUGCCAGCGCCCACAUCAACUCGGUGAUGUCACCCAACCAAGGCGACACGUCGCUUCCCUUCCACUAUGACGAGGACCUGCCGGGAUCCUCCCACAGCUCCACAAGCAGACCUUUCUCCCAGAGUUCCUCUUGUGUACCCCCCUAUAUGUCCCCCUCAGCCAGCCGCAUCCAACCCGCCACCCAUUCUGAUUUGCCACCCCGAGGACAUUCAAGUUUGCUGCCAGUUCGACCAAACAGAUCCACCCAUCCUCCCGGUCAUCAGGGAACAAAUGGAGUAGUAGACCUCACACACUCCCCUUCCAUCCAGCCCACCCAAGACUCUGGCUCGAGCAAGAGCAACCUGUCCAAAAAGGCACCUACCAAGCCCAUGUGGGUGGAUGUGUCAGUUCUUCCCAGAAUACCAAAAAUAAGAAGGGAGAGCAGUGAUGGCACACGUAAUGCCAUUAGCCAAGGUGCUAGCAUUGUCAAUAAUAGAACUAGUAGUAAGGCAAACAGAAGCAAUUCUACCCCCACUCGUCAUGGCCAUGGCGUGCCAGAUCCAGGCAUGAACAGCCUGGCUGGGGACAAGGGCAGACAGCAGAGCAUAGACCAGCAAAAAGGCCGAGCUGGAGGUCCAUCUCAGAGACAGAGGCCGGAUGGAGCAGGUUCAUCAUCUGCUUUCUCAAACUCCUUCUCCUCUUCUUCAUCCUCCACUGGUUUCCCUUCCAGCCAGUCUCAUUUCUCCUCAUCUUCUUCUUCUGCUUCGUCAUCCGUCAGCUUCCGCAUUAACUCCAGCGGGAACUCCUGGCAUUCAAGGCAUCUCGGCAUGGCGUCAUCUUCCGCUGGUGGAGACGGCAUGCAGGAACGCUGGAGCAAGAAGGAAGACGAAGUCAGAAAGAGACAGCUUCACAGGGAUAAACAGAUGCUCCUGGCAUCACACGUCCAGGUCAAAAAAGAACAAGACACCAAUAACAUCUAUGAUCCCUUUAAUCCCACUUUGUCAGACUCGGACAGCGAAGACGAGAGCCCCCAAAAAACCACACAUGAGGCGAAAGCUCCCAGUUUGGGAAAAAUGGAGGAUAUGGUGCAAAUCAAGCCGAAUCAGGUUCAUGUGAAAACUGAAAAACAGGACAUUGACGUCUCACAUGAAGAACCAAGGGGAUCUAGUGCCUCUGAAAACAUAUCCCAGCAGGUCAGAUGUUCAGAGGUAUUUGUCAAGAUUGAAGAAACUGCGAGAUCAGAGACAGAGACGCCAAGAGAAAAACUCGACAUUGAAAUUAAAAAAGAGAGAGAGUUAGAUGAUCCAGAGGAGGAACAAAGGUGUGGGAGCAGUGAUGUUCGUGUCAAACCAGAGCCAAUGGAGACCCCACCACCUGUCUGCCAAAGUCGAGUUCAUAUUAAGAUGGAGACAGAGACUCUAGAAGAGAGCGUUGGCACAUCAACAAGCACUCUCUCAAACAGUUCAUCUACACCCAGCUCUGCUCCCCCGAAGAAGAAACAAAAGACAGAAACAAAACCAGAUCCCAAGUCCCCUUCAAGAGACUCCGGCUCGAGGAAGAAAACCUCCAGAGCAUCAAAGGAGCGGCGAUCUAGCAGUUCUGAGACGGAUAAAGGCAAGAAAGGAGACCAGGCGGGCCGGCAGAGGGAAAAGGAAAAGAAGCAAGAAAGAAGUUCCAGGAGAUCCAGGUCCAGAGAAAAGAGGAGGGCACGUACAACCUCAGAGAGCUCCCAGUCCAACUCCCCUGACAGGUCUCACCGGAAACGACAACAGUCUCGGUCACGAUCAAAAGACAGGUGGCGAUCCAGGUAAGUAAAAAAUACGCAAUCAGAUUUUCGUGUCAUGUCAUCUUGUAAAGAAUGGUUGAAACUUGCACUGGUUAAAGUUUCUUCUGUCAUUUUGGUUUUAGGUCGGGCUCCAGCUCCAGCAGCAGAGAGCGCUCAAGAAGGAAAAAGAACAAACAAAGAAGCAAGGAGAGGAACGAUGGCAGAGAGAGAGACCAAGAGAAAAGACAAGUGUCAAAGGACAAGAGACACGGUAGAUCUCACUCAAAAUCCAUGUCCAAGUCGCCUUCCAGAUCCAGAUCCAAGGAACGCAAACGGAGGCGCUCAAAAUCAAAGUCACAGUCCAGAUCUAGGUCCAGGUCCAGGGAAAGGAGAAAAACCGAUUCACGCCCACAACGGUCCUCUCUGCCAUCUAGAGACAAGGCAGAGUCACAGUCAAAGAGGAGACAUAGGUCUAGAUCCAGCUCUAGGGAAAGAAAAAAAGACAAAGGCUCAUCAUCCAAGACUUCGCAAAAACCUUCAGGCUCCAGUGUUUCGUCUUCUCAUGACACAAAACCACAAGACAAGAAAAAGGAGAGGGAUGCCCCCCAAAGCUCCAUCAAAGAGGAGAGAGUAGUUGCAGUGAAGAAAGAGGAGGUGCCUGUCAGCAUUGCUGCCCCAAAAGUGAAAAUGGAAGACCAGGGGACUGACGGCCACGCUAAACCGGAAGAAACGGUUAAAGAGACAAAGACUGGAAAAGAAAUAAAGAAAGAAAAACAACCAUCUCUAGAUAUGUUUGAAGACUCUCCCAUUUUGAAACCAAUUAAAGAAGAAGCAUCUGAAUCCUGUGCUCUGGGAGAAGACAAAGGUGGACAAGAGGAGGGGAACCAAGAAGACCCUGUUAAGACUGAAACACAUGAAAUCGCAGUAAUUAAAUCUGAACCAAGCUCCCCAGAGUCAAGCCACUUCCCCACGGUCACCUCGUUCCCUUCAUUACCCACACCUGUGACAGACGACAGCCUUCAGAAUAAAGUCCUCCAAUCUCAGCCAGUGACCUCUACCGAGCAAACGAACACGGUUUCUGUGAAGCAAGAAGUUCAGCAACCCUCAGACUCAGAUGACGACUUUAACGUGGAUGUGAUGCUCGACAACCUGGACUAUGUAAAGGCUGAACCUAAAAAGGAAAGCGGUUCUUCUGUGAAUAAAGAGAAGGAUGCAGAGGAGGGGAAGAGUGAAACUGAGCGGGGAUCUACGAUCGCGGGGGUGAAAUCAAAGACUCAUGUGAAGAGGGUUACCUGGAAUAUACAGGAGCCUGAGGGGCCCCAGCCAGAGAAAUCUGCAAGCAGUGAGUGUUGCUGUUCAGUUCCUCUGCAGCAGUUACUGUUGGCUUUUAUAUCUGCAUCUGAAAUACUUGACCUGAAUCCUUUCUCACACAGAACUAGCCCUUUAUAAAUUAAGACUGAAGCAGGAAGGACUUCGCAGACCCUCCUCGGCACCCCAGGUAAUCAGUCAGGUAGGAAACUGAGCCUUUUUAGAAAAAUUCUUCCAGAAAUGCGUUGAGGCUGUCAUGUGACAAAACGGCCAGAUGAUGGCGGUGUUCUGUCAAAAAAGGUGCCUUGGGUAGAAUCACGUGAUUGAAACUAAAACUGAUGCCUGCAGCGUUUCAGACAAAAUGAAAGUAGAAGCUUUUCUCAGGAAAUGGAAACUUUAAGCCACACAUUAGAUGUGCUCAUUGAUACAAAGAGCUUUGAUCUUCUAUAGAUGGGCGGAUUAUGCAAGAUGACUUUUUCACUGCCGUCACAGAAGAUAAAAAUAGAUUCAAUUAAUGAGAAAACAACAAGAACCAUCAAAUAAGUUUAUGAGCAGAACAGGAUUGAAGAAUUAAGAAAAUCACUUGUUUAUUUGACUGUUGUGAUUAGUUUAAGUCUUUACAGUCACACCGUGGGACAAAUUUAUGAUACAGUUCAGAGGAUGUGAUCAAAAAGCAAUUAACUGAAACAGUAAAACUUUGAUCCCCUGUUAUUUCUUACUUUUAAUUUCAAAUAUCAGAUUUUCCUCAACAAAAACAAGUGACCUUUUCAGACAAAAAUCAAAUAAUUUUGAUCAUCUACCCAGAUAUCUAUUGUAUAAUACUAUAUAAGAUAUAAAUAAACUCUUGAUUACUUGAGUCUGUCUGAUUUUUUGUGUCCCAAACAUGAGGUCAUUGAUAUUUCUUCCCAUGCACCUAAUGUGCUCUGAUUUUCACAGGACAUCACUGGAACUGUGAGUGACCCCUCUAAAAAGGUGGCAGGCGGUCCACCCAGUAGCUCCUCUAGAUCUGACGGUAUACAUCCUGAGGGGUUACCAAGCACCGGACAAGCAGAGGCAGAGAAAGGGGACAUGUCAAGCAAAGACAAGGUGAAUGUUGCUUUGAGUAUCCUGAAUAGAUCUUGUGUCUGUCUUUUGUAUUUCAGUGUACGCUCAAACUGUCCCUUGUUUGAGAAUAUUUGCAGAUUGUAUAAUGAUCCUUUGUGAUAUUUUUACACCUGCAGCAAUACCUGAAGAAACUGCACAUGCAGGAGAGAGCUGUAGAGGAGGUUAAACUAGCUAUUAAGCCUUUCUACCAGAAGAGGGAUAUAAACAAGGAUGAAUACAAAGAGAUUCUGCGCAAAGCCGUCCAGAAGGUGAGCCAAGAUAAUAGAAGUUUGUUGCCAACCACUUUUUUAGUGCUUCUUUAUCUGACUGUAUCUCUUGAAUUGUAUUUGAUUGUUUUGUGUUUCUGCUCAUUAGGUGUGCCAUAGCAAGAGCGGGGAGAUCAACCCAGUCAAGGUGGGGAAUCUGGUCAAGGCAUACGUGGAUAAAUACAAACAUGCACGGAAACACAAGAAAGGAGAGGAUUUGGGGGAGACAAAGGAAACACAGGGGAAGACGAUGAAAACCUCAGACAGCCCCUGAAGGGACAUUAAAACCACAGACAAGGACAGCUGCCUGCAUUGCAAACACAGAUUCAAGUAUUUUAUCUUUUUUUUUUCUUUUGUUUUUCUUUUUUUUUUUUACCGUUGAACCCAGUCUGAACAAGUAACUAAGAUUUGCUCACAGCUUCAAGAUGGAACACUUUGUCCAAUGUCAAGCUUUCUGUUUGAGGAAAAACCCCUUUUUGACGAACCUUUGAACACCUGUUGGUGUCUUGUGCUGGGACUGUCCCUGCUGAGAGCUGGUGAUUUUUCUUGGGCACUCCUCAGAAACCCAAAAGGAGACCUCGAAGUUUUGUCUCAAAGAAGCGAAUCUCAGCGACCCUUCCAUAGAGCGGCACACCAGGUAGCUUUCUCCACAGGAGGUUUUCUAGGGCUUUGGAGCGGGGAAAAGCGGGUAUUUAUCAGUGGCAGAACUCGCACUGUUGGUCGAGAAGUGAUGUUAAAGUAUGCAGACGGUGCAUAUUUAAAAACUCAUUAAGGACAGACACUGUUAUGCAAUUUUGUAGAACACUAUCAGUAGAAUAAUGAAACAAUUUUAGCAUUUGUUGUAAAUAGUAGAUUUGAUACACCCACAUUUGUUCCUUUUGUCUGUGUUGCCUGUUUCGAAUUUCUGAUAUAUUUUGUUUUGGUUCUCUUAGAAUAGAUUUGUAUCUACAAGCCUGUGUUACCAGUUUUCCACAUCUCUAAUGUUUGUGUCUUUUGAGCCUAAUGUAGUCCAACACUACUGGUGAAUUGAGGCUCAGCAGUUUGAAAUUGUCAGAUUACUUUUCUCAAACUGCCUUGUUUGUUCAGAGACUCUUUAAGUCUUUGCUGAAACAUUUUUUUUCCCCCCACUCAUAACCCAAAACUGGUUUUCGAGACUGAGGAAACAAUUUGUUUUGUGCCAAAAAGAAAGAAAUGAUAAUGCUAUUUAAAUAGAAAAAACACGUAAUUUCCCCAAAUUUGUCAGUACUUUUCAGGUAUCCUUUUAGCAAAGGAGACUUAAAUGCAUAGCUGAGCAGGUCGUGUAGAUUUUAUUUUUUACGAACUUUGUGUCUGAAAUGCUUAUUUCAUAAUCCUGUUUUGUUCACGAAAAUGUCCGGAUUUUGGUACUGUUAAAACUGGUGCUCCAACAUCGACAAACAUUUCAAUAAAAGCAUACUUCCCUUUCAUUAUUUCAUAUCAUUAGAGUACUGAGCUUGUUUAGCUGGCAUAGAUUAAUGGUUCUGAAAUCUGCCGUUAGUGAUAUUAUGACUGUGCAUUGACUCAUCAAAGACCAUCCGGAUUUAGACGAAUUCCAGUUCCUCAUUUAGCUGUCUGUACUUGUCAGUCUGCCUGCUGUGGGCAGGAAGGUGAGUGGUUGAGCCUUGCCUUUCACUUCUGUUCUGAUGAAGUUGGCUCCACAUAGAGAUUGGGGAGAGUCUAAGAAGAACCAGGUGCUUCAUGUUACCCUGAAUGUAUUUUUUUUUUUCUCUUUGUGUUUUAUUUGAUGAAACAGUCCAGGUGUGUCCAAGAGGGAACAUGAAUGAUAAUAAAUUACUUCUUGCUCAUAUACUGUCAUGUUGUCAUAUCUCAUUUGUAGCUAAAAUAACUAGAGAAAUCUGAAUCUAUGGAGUGAGACACCAGCGAUGGAAACAAGCUUCUUGUCUUCUUUUUCAUGGACACAAAAGAUUUCCACCAUUUACAAGUCAUACAAAGUACCACAGGUAUAAAGAGCUGAGACAACAUCCAGUGUUUGAGACUUUAUUUCAAAGCAAACCCUUCUUUUGGGGAAUGAAAAGUGCAAGACAACCUGCAGAUUGGAAAGUUUGUAAACAUAGAGAAGUGCAAAAAAGUUCACCCCAGAAACUGGGAGUAUGACACAUAAAAUUUUUGAUUGUCUCUCAUAAAUACACUAGUAGCUAAAAACACAUUGAUAUGGUUUGACAUACAGUGAUCAUUUAAAGUUGAUUUUUGGGCAUUAACCAUGAAGCAUUGUAACAGUCAAACAGCUGAGAAGUCUUAUUUCUGCCUAUGUAGUGAAGUAGUCAGUUUUGUGCUUACAAUCAUGAGUAAUGAGAGCUUAAAGUGAACAGGAGCAUUGCAAGAGGAUGGGUUGAUGAUAACAUGGAAAAGUUUGUUUUAUACACAUAAGACACUUUCAAUAAAAUACAUGUUAGCAUAGUUUGGGAAGAUAGAGCAGACUGUGAGGCUUUAUGUGGUCCUAAAGGCUGUUGAGUGAAUAGUCCUUUUUUCAGAAGCAAAUGGGGGAUGAAAUUUCAGAUUGUAGGUAGAAAGGGUGGGUUCGCCUGUGUUGGAUAUUCAGCUGAAGGCACUCCAAAGACGUUGUAAAUGAGAUCGAAAAGGCUGUUGUGUGAGAUCUGCAGGCUGACAUUGGCGCUGUGAAGGGACGAAGCGCCAUCCAUCUGAGCCACCUCAUGGAAGUACCGACAGAUCAGAGGAACCACCUACAGGAGCAGAGGGAGACGGAGAGAUAAUAUUGAACCUUUACAAUCAGGAUCCAUGUGCAACUAGAAAAGCACUCGGAGAGCGCAGACCUCCGCCAAGCAGCUCAUGUCCCCCCUUAUAUUGUGAUUCACACCAAAACUUUUCAUGUUUAUUUGUGUUUAAGCUGGUAUGUUCACUGUUCAUAAUGUUCCUAAAACAAGAAAUGCCCUGACCAGGAUUCGAACCCAGGACCUUCUACUACACCACUGUGCUGCCUAUCUACACCACUGUGCUGCCCAUUGGUUAUCUUUCAGCACUGAAAAUUCCAACGACACCCUUAUUUUUAUGUGUUCUGGAUCACAGUAUCCGGAAUUUUGUCCAGAUCACCACCAAAAUUUAAUGGCUGAGACGCACCUCUGCUGAAAAUUUCAGGUCAACACGUCUGUUACUUUCUCCGUAAAGUUGCUAACAAACAAACAAACAAACCAACGCUACCGAAAACAUAACCUCCUUGGUGGAGGUAAAAAUGAUUCAAGUUCUUGGUGCAGUUAAUGUUCAGUAAUAAAAGGACUCUUAUAUCACUGCCCUUCUGGAGGAAAUAAAUGCAAAAGGAAAGAGGAAACAGCAUUACCUUGACUACAAUGAGCUUCUUCUCCAAAGGUUUUCCAUCAGGGAACUUCUCUCCGAAGCACAUGUUGAUUGUGUAUUCAGGAGAGCUGCCGUUGUUCUCUUUAAAGUGCCUCAGUUCUGAAACAGAACCACUUAUUUCACACUUCAUGCUCACUCUGAAUUCAAGCUAAUAAUAGGGAUUGUUGUAGUAAUUGUAUAUCUACUCUAUUAGACACUCACCAUGGAUGAAUUUGUCAAAGCUGAGGAGCUCCACCAUGGUGUUCUGGGGCAGCUUUCUGGGGUCUGGGUGAGCCACGCUGGGGUCACUAGUGCUGGCAUACACAUGACACUUGUCCUGCCUGUAGCCAUAAAUACCAGUUUCCCGAACUUCCAGGAGGAGACCUUUCUGGAUGCUGUUGAGGAUGCGGUUGGUGUAUUCAAUCUGGCACAAAGAAGACAGUGAUUUAAAAAAGUGUGGUCACAUUUAAGACCUAAUGUAGAUGCUUCUCUUAACUUAUGGUUUUCAGUGUUAUUUAGCUGUUCCUUUGGGGUGUAACUAACUGUGUUUUUUUUUUUUUUGGUGCAACAGCUCCUCAUUUCCACCACUUCCCUCAGUAACCACCCUCUGCCAGACUUUUUACAAUCCCCAGAGAGCCGAUGGGAUUACAGGAAAAGGUCGGAAUAGCCACAGACAGUCAGUAUAAAGAGGGAUGGAUAAAAGGGGUUUCCUGAGGCUAAAAGUAGAAAUUCAUACAUCUCCCCCUCCUGUGGUGGAUUUCUGACUAAAAAAAAAACACUUUGAGGUGUUGCAAUAACAGAAAACUAAACAUAAGAAUUUAAUCUGAUCAAAGCUCUUUGUGAAGGAGCAAGCUCAUUUUUUUUCUGCAAUCUUUUAAAAGCUAGAGUGUGUGAUGUCUUAAAGUAUCAUGUGCACAUUUGUAACGUGAUUGUUCUCAGCAUGUUAGGUACAGUUUCCUGACUGUGGUAGGUAGACUGCUAGAAACCACAGCCUCAACUCUGCAUGAUUUGAUGGUGUGAUCAAGGUUAACUUGUAUUCAUCAUAAAAACAUGGAAAGGUUGGGUUUGAGCUGGACACCACAUACGUGUAAAAAGGUUUGGAGAGGUAACAUGAACUAUUAGCUGGUCUUAUUUUUUUUAACAGUUUCUUGAUUGUUAAUACUAUUUCAAAAUAAGUCUGACUGAACUUAUUACUCAUGUAUGUGCACCUGUUUUUGGUCCAGCAGACCCUCUGUGGAGGGGAAGCAAAGUUGUUGGGCAUUGAGCUCAGGGGCCAUGUGGUGGUAGUGGAGCUGGAGACGGGCAGUGUUGAAUGUAGUCUUGAGUAUUUCUUUUUUCCUGUAAUGGAUGGAGAUCUCUAGGUCAUAAAUAGUCGGCUGCGCAGGUGGGCUGAGGGGUGCUGGAAGAUUUACUGUAGGGAAGACAAAAAAAAAAAGAUAAGAGGUCUUUGUUUCCAAUGUGGAGUUUGGUUGCAGUGCAUAACUUUCAAUCAUAUUUGACUAAACAUACACUCGUAGUAAGACGGCUGAUCUGGUAGAGGCUGUUGGAUGUUCUCAGCUGCCACAGGAUAACUUUCCACCACAGCUGGAUUAGGCUGCCCAUAGUUCUCUGCCCAGGGCUGCUCCUCUGUGAAAGACAUCAAUAAAGUUGAUGAAACUACAUUAGAGCUGGAUUAAAACCUAUCACAGGACAUCAUUAAUUUAUUGGACGAAUUCAGAAGUUCCCUUUUGUGUGAGACUCUGUACCUGAUGGACAGUUCCCAAGAUCCAAGGCCCCCAGACUGUUAACCAGAUUGAGCUGUUUUUAAGAAAAGGAAACAAAAGUUAGACACUUGAUGAAUUUUGUAGGACAGAAAACUCCACAGAGUAAAACCUGUCUGUACCUCAUUUCCCCAGGGAAAGACCUCUAUGGGGGAGUUUAGGAUAUCCAAGGACAUAUCCCCUUGGGAGUCUUGUGCCAGCAAGCUUGCAUAGUUAUCUACCGAAAGAGAAACAACCCAUCAUUAAAUUCAUUUAAAAUGAAAAGAGAUCCAGUAUUCAUGGCUUAGAUAACUAUGUUCUUACACUCAGUGUUGAUAAUCUCAUAGAUUUUAUGUGGGUCGUCUGAAUUCUUGGAGUUAUCCUUUAUCAUCUUGAAGCGCACAGAGAGGUUGUUCAGAGCGCAGCGGAAGUUGGUUUUCCAUCGGGCCUUGUCAUUUGGGAACUCGUUGAUUUUUCCACUUGUGACUGCCCAGGCCUGUUAACCAUGCAGAUAACAUUAUCUGUGAUUACUCUCAGCGUACAAAUCUGGAUGUAGUUUCCCAUAUUUAUGAAAAUCUAGGUGUAAACUUCAUCAUAUUUCAGAUAAAAAUGCUAUACUUUUUACACCAAAACAUUUAUCUAAAAACCCAUUUCUAGAAGCAACAAAACAACCAAACUUGGGCUUGUUGUUUAAAAACCUUGUCAUUUGUUUGAAAAACUAAUUGACACGUUAUAUUUGUAGGAAAAAAAAGGAAAUCUAUGAGAAUAAGAAGGCACAAUUAUUAGAUAGAUCGUCAAAUCUAUGAGACCGUAACUGUAAUUCCAAGGUGCAAAGAAUAAUUAUAACAAUGUGAUAAACUAUCAUAUUAUGAAAUUAUGACAGUACAACAGAAUAAUGAGUGAAAAGGUGAAACUAUGAAAAGAGUAAUUAGGACAAAGGAAGUCAGGUAUGGGACCAAAAAAUAUCAAAUUAUCCAAUAAGAAGUUAUCAAUAUGAGAUGUUACUAUUUCAUUAUCCAGCUAUUAGGUUUUUUUUUUCUUUAUCAAAUAAUUAUAGCACUUUAUCUUGCCUUUUUUUUUCUUGCUUUAUUUAUGAACUUUUUAUCUCAUAAAAUACUUCACAUUAGGAUUUCUCACAGCAAGGCUUAGUCUCUGUUUAUUCAGUCUGGUGAUAGUGGGCUUCUAUAUUCAGCCCUGUUCCUAUGUAUGCAAUUUCUAAGUUCAGGUGAAAGCUUCACAAAUUUAUAAAGUCUUUUAUAAUCUCCUCAUUAUACUAAUUGUCUCUUUCUUUUUAUAGAUUGCAGAGAUUAAAGUGGGAGUGUCACCACUAGUAUUGGUAUCACCUGCACCCACAUCCUACAUCAAUACUCUGACAAUAAUAAAAGCCAGAAAUCUCAGCUGAUGAGUCAGUGAUGACUCAAUAAAGCACUUGUUGUUGUUGUGACUGACACAUGCUUGUCAGUUUUCACUACUCCGAUACUAGACAUUAGACCUACCCGGAAUAUUUUCCCGUCCUCGUCGUUGCAGUCCUUUCUCGAGUUGUGUUUCCACGGGACUCUGAACUUGUUGGGCCCGACAUAACACAGACCGGCGUACUGGCCAGUCUCCACCUGCUCGAUGAGCCAGCUGGCAAACUGAGGCUUGGGAGAGCUGUGAGGUGACAUGACAGAUCAGUGUUAUUGUUUCACUUCACAACCCAGGAGAGAGAGAGAAAGAGGACGUGGGGAGGACGCAUAAAUACAGGCGAUCUGCUGCUGUGGCAAAGGUUUCUAGGCUAUCAGAUGACCCGGCACAGAGUUUCCUCUUCUUUAUCACUUAAAAAGAAAGCCUCCUCUACACUGUCUAACCAAACAACAUGCAGAAAUAUGCAUACGUGCAAAAGCAAUCUGUCUGCUCUCCACUCAACGACUCGGUAAAAAUCUCCUACACAAAGAAAGACGAGAAAAUAAGACGAGCAUGUGUGUAUCAACUUACCAUUGCAUGAUUUCAGCAGAGGUGCAACUCUGAUCUACACCCAGCUGUGGGCUCUGGAAGCACUUUUACGUCCAACACCCGUGACAUCACCAUGUCUCCGCCCCAUUUAAGUAGGAGGGUGCAGCCAGGGUGCAGCAAGUGUGGGUGAGUUUGAUUUAAGCACAUUUGAAACUCUUCCGCCUCACUCCGAGUGUGACGGAGGGGAUGAGCUGCUCCCGGUGCAUAAAUGCAAGACACCCUGUGCUGCCGUCAGCAGGGGAGGAAAUGUUUUUUUUGUUUUUUUUACAAUAGCGUUUAGCAGAGUGGAAUUUUCUCUGUUCACCGACGGAGUGAAAGUGAAAGAAGGCAUUACCUUGCAUCACCAUGCCCUCAGUAUUUCGUCAUCUAUUUCCGAGUCAAGUUCAAGUUUAUGGUGAUUUUUGUUUGUUGCAUCAGAUGAUGACGAAAUUAUAUCCAAUGGUCAAUAGUCAAGAAAGAGUCACAAUAUAGAGAUGAGUCUUUGAAGGAGAUAAGAAAUUGGACACUGAACUCAUUUGCCUGUUGAAUUUUGUCAGGGACUUCCACAGCUGUGGGGUAUCACCUUCACACGCUCACUCGACUCUUGUGAUUAGUCUAGAUUCAAGAACCGUGGGUAGGGCCCCGCUAGAAGACCUCAAGCGGAAUUCAGGCUCACAGAUAAAGGUGGAUUCAAAAGACUGGCAGCAGCAAUGCAAUAUUAUUCCAGCCAUUUUAUGAACACCUGAUUUCAUAUAUGAUACACACAAAAAAAAUGCUGGGUCGUUUUUUCAACCCAACCUCUAGGUUGAGCCUGUUGGUCAAUUUAUUUGGGUUAUUUUCAUCGAAUGGGUAUUCUGAGUACCCAAUUCACAAGGUCAUUUAUGUUGGGAACAGAGUUAUUAGCUGUUGGGUUGUAAUUUCUAUACAGUUUUGUUGGUUUAUUGUGGACUACCCAACACAUUGGGUAGACGUUCUGGCAUUUGAAACCAAGCACCACCCACUCACCAAAAUGAUCCCACAACUGCUGAAGCGAGGAGACGUACAACGCAAGGUUUGUUACAUUCCCGCUAUUGCUUUACCAUAUAGAUGACUUGGUAUUAUUAUAUGGACCCUCAUGUUGUUGUUAAGAUGUAAGUUUGUGAAGCAAUGUUGUGUACAAGCGUCUGCCCUCAGGAAUCGAUUGGUA